GAUCGAGUUUGUGAGGUCGCGGUUCAUCCUCUCGUCGCCACCACCUCCAACCUUAACCCCUCUCCUCGUCGCCAGCUAUAGCCAGCUUCCUCGCUCGCAGAAUCCUCCGAUCCAUUCUUCGCUCAUCUCUCUUCAGUGAUCAGUAGGCAGCAGCAGCAGCAGCUACCGACCCAUCCGAUCCACCAAUGGCUGCCGUCGUGAACGCGCCAGCGGCUGGUUGUUGCACGGUGGCGGCCCGCUCCUCCGCCGGGCAGCAGCAGCAGCUGCCGUCACGGCCCGCGUCCGCCGCGGCGCUGCUGCCGUCGAUGAGGGCGAGGAGGUCAAGGGCGGCCGGGCGGCUGGUGGCGGUGGCCGCGGUGGGCGACGUGGCGGCGGAGGGCAACACGUACCUCAUCGCCGGCGCGGUCGCCGUCGCGCUCGUGGGCACGGCCUUCCCCAUCCUCUUCUCGCGCAAGGACACGUGCCCGGAAUGCGACGGCGCCGGCUUCAUCCGCAAGGCGGGCUCGACGCUGCGGGCGAACGCGGCGAGGAAGGACCAGGCCCAGAUCGUCUGCCCAAACUGCAACGGCCUCGGCAAGCUCGGCCAGAUCGACAAGUAACUCUACCUCAUGCUAGAAAUUCACCAACUACUAUAUAUAUUACCUUGAAUUCUGUUCCAUCCAUGCAUGCUGGCUCCAUCAACCCCUACGAGUCAACAAUAGAGAAUGCACAUGAAUAAUGUUCCAAUUUGCUGUCAAAUAAACUGGUGUGUGCUGUAUACGUGCUCGUUUGAUCAUCAGCGCGGGUGGAAAGGGUAUACUGUACACUCUGGAUCUUUUCUGACAGGUUUUGAAAUCUGAAUAUGUGUGUUGGAUGAA